UAGAAGGCGCCCUUGGCUUGGAACGUCUUCCCAGUCUCCGGCGCUCAGUCUCCUCCGUUGUCUCAGCUCUCAGCACCGGCCGCAGCAAUGAAAGGUCCAAGCCACGUGCAGCUUUACACCGGGGCCCAGAUGCCCAUUGUAGGACUUGGGACAUGGAAGUCUGAGCCAGGGAAGGUGACGGCGGCGGUUGCUAAGGCUAUUGAGGUUGGAUACAGACACCUGGAUUGUGCUUACGUGUAUCAGAAUGAGACGGAGGUGGGAGAGGGGAUCCAGCAGAAGAUAAAGGAAGGAGCAGUGAAGAGAGAAGACCUGUUCGUCGUCAGCAAGCUGUGGAGCACCUUCCAUGACAAGUCCAUGGUGAAGGGAGCCUGCCAGAAAACUCUGUCUGACCUGAAACUGGAUUAUCUGGAUCUCUACCUGGUCCAUUGGCCGACAGGAUUCCAGGCUGGGGACGCGCUCUUCCCACUUGACAACGAGGGCUGCGUAAUUCAGAGUAACACAAACUUUCUGGAUACCUGGGAGGGGAUGGAGGAGUUGGUAGAUGCCGGGCUAGUAAAGGCCAUCGGAAUCUCAAACUUCAACCGUGAGCAAAUCGAGCAGCUGCUGAAUAAGCCAGGACUGAAGCACAAGCCGGCGGUUCACCAGUUUGAAUGCCACCCCUACCUGACUCAGAAGAAACUGAUCGAUUUCUGCCAGUCCAAGGGUAUCGUGGUCACUGCCUACAGCCCCCUGGGCUCCCCGGAUCGGCCUUGGGCCAAACCUGAAGAUCCGUCUCUGCUCGAGGAGCCCAAAAUCAAAGAAAUUGCUAAAAAAUACAAGAAGACGUCAGCCCAGGUUCUGAUCCGGUUCCAUAUCCAGCGCAACGUUGUCGUUAUCCCCAAAUCUGUCACCCCAGCUCGCAUUGAGGAGAACUUCCAGGUGUUUGACUUUGAGCUGUCGCAGGAAGACUUGGAAGCCAUCUUUAGUUUCGAGCGCGGCUGGCGAGUGUGUGCGCUCUCCUCUGCCAAGAAACACAAGGAUUAUCCGUUCAACGCAGAGUAUUAGGCGUCUCACCCCGCCGUUUCUCAUGAGUCACAUUUCUCGUGUUUUGGUGCGAGGUUCUUUCCUGGUUUUGCGUUGUGUUGCGGAAGGGCGAAGCUUCAGCUUUCUGGUUUAGGGGCGAAUUACAUUGUCACCUGCUGUUCUUACAAGUGUCUGUGAUUGGAUAAUGAGACCGAAAACUACAGUCUCCGCCCACAGCGGCUUCUCUUUUCUACUAAGCGUCUCCAGGGCACUAAAUCUUUCAGUGGUUCCUUAAAGGGGUUGUUCACCUUUUAAAUUUUAAGUUAGUAUGACGUAGAGAGGGAUAGUCAGACAGUUUGCAAUUGGUUUUCAUUUUUUAU